AUGGCCACCAGAGACGGGCCGAGCGUGCCACGUAAAAAGACGACAACCUAUGGCAAAACAUCGCGAAAGCGCCCCAUUCACGCGUUUCUUGACUUGUCUAAUGGUUCACGACGCGCCCCUGACACCACGCAAGCUGCCAUAGCAUCUACAACGUCCGCCGACCACCUUUACGAUUUGUACGAUCUGCCCGAUGAUGAACCUGUCCACCGCCCAACAUCUCGGCGCGAUGCGCCGCCCAUUGACGCCACUGCGCCCCAGCCCGAUGGUUCGAGCAACUCGAAGAAGAGGAAGGUGUCUGCUGCGCCGUCGGCCAAGGUCGAGCGUGCGCGCAAGAUGGACGGCAAAUCCUCUGCCAUCGCACCACUAGCGAAGGCACCUUCGAACAUCCGCCGAGCCAAAUCACCCUUCACCUCAGGUGCUCCCAGCUCUUUGCGCGCUACCAAGGAGGAAUAUGUUACGCGAGGGCUUGAGCAAUCCAAUACCCAGAAACAGGCCGAAGCACGUACAGCUGCUCCACGCUCUCGCGCUGAACCCGAGGUUCUGCGCAAGUCAGAAACGAAUCUAGAGAUACGCCAAGCGCUCCCACGAUCAUCACAUUCACAUCCAACAAUUGUGCAAUCGAAACCGAGCACGUUCGUCACGGACUUAUCCACCCCGAAGCCGAAGAAAGUACCCGAGCCGAGGCGUGUCCGUCUAAUCGAUCAGCUAGCGGCGCAAACAGAAGAGAGCUCCGAAUCUGACUCGGAUGCGUCUGACGAUUCAGAAGUAUCUUUCGCUAGGUUGGGAGCAAAAGAAGCUUCGCCGUCCACCCCGAUCAGGCCUAUGGACAUGACACCGAAACCUUCGGUACGACCUAAGGUGUUAUCGAGUACCAGGAAGUUGAGAUCGAUCUAUGGGCAACAGAGAACGCUAAAGGCGGAUGAGUCUGGAGGAGAUGGUCUCGGCAGCCAAAUGGGCAUUGAUAGUAGUCAGCAUGACUUGAGUCCGGCUCCAACUAUGUCAAAGCUGGCCUCGUUUGCGUUCGAGGAAGAGGACGUCGAGGAAGAAAGCUCCUCGAAAGGCGGCGGCAUCAUUGACAUCCAUGCGCUGAGGCAGGCUGGUGCUAAUCACCGCUUCGCUGACAGCAUGGCCGACCUACUCGACAGAGUGGGCACACCGCAACCACCGAAGUCACCAUCAGCGCGUUCGAGACGCAAUGCGUUAUUGGAGCUAGCGAGCAAGCUUAAGGACAAGACAUUUGUUCGUCAAUUCCGCGACCAAGGCGCCAAGGAUGCCUUGUUCCAAUCCAUCGGACAAGAAGAGGACCUAUUCAGUGGAUUCAUCCUUCUUUCCGUCCUUCUUGUCCUCUUCACGUCGUAUUCGGUCCCACACCUUGUCCCGCAGCUACAGUCAGAAGGCAUCGCGCAACUAGCUUCAAGGCUGUUCGAGCUUGACGAGGAUAUCGAAUGCACAAUCAUCUCUAAGUGCUUUGAAAUCGACAAUACAGCGUCUAGAUCUAUGGAAGGGGUCGCCCCUGUCGUUCUAUCGCCACGAACAGUUGCCCUGAAGGCCAUUUCGGUGCUGUGCAAGGACGGCGACAGCCCAGCAACCCGGGACAUUCUUGCUGGCCUGACAGACCAGCUGUUUGAAUUCGCCGAGAAAGGUUGGGAGCAAAGUCGAGCGGAGGGGAUCGAAGGGACAGUUGGCGGGCUUGCGCUCUCUCUCCUGGAAGGCUACUCGAUUGCGGCGAUGGAAUCAGACGCUGGCCCUCGAUGGACCAAGCUUUAUCUUCCCAUUGUCGCGGAUAUACUAACCGCGGCUAUGGUGCGACCAAUGCAGCAGUUUGGUGAUUUUGAGUCCACGACGUUAAAACUGGCGCUGAACACAACAAACAACAACCCCGCCGCCGCAAGCGCGUUCAGUAGGGGGGAACUGUUCCACGAGUUAGCUGAAGCCAGCGUUAUGGGGUUCGAACUUCUCCAGCAGUCCGUUCGCCAAGGGGCAUUUUCCAAGGACGUCUAUGAGACACUUAUGCUAUUGCUGGGCGUUAUGAUCAACACCACCGAGCAUUGUCCGUCAACCCGACGGUCGGUGGAUGCUUGGCAAGGGCGGGAAGAGUCACCCCUGGACAAGUUGAUGGAUGUUUAUCUGGAGAACCGCGAAUCGGCAGGCACUGUGAGUCUCGAUGGGAAACAAGAUGAUGCGGGAUGA